AUGUUCAAGGUGCAGCACUACGAGGGCGAGCGAGGUGCGGAGCGGAUGGUGCGCAUGGAGUCUGCCAACGGCAACGUGCAUUACUACGAGGGCGAGCAAGGUGCGGAGCGGAUGGUGCGCAUGGCGACUGCCGAUGGCAGCAUGCAGCACUACGAGGGCGAGCGAGGUGCAGAGCGGAAGGUGCGGACGGAGAUGCCCGACGGCAGCGUGGCGUACAACGCUUUCUUCGGCGCCAAGUGGUUCGGCGCAACGCAGAGGGGGGCGGCCAAGAAGGAGCAGGCCGAGGCGAAGGCGGCGGAGGAGAAGGAGGCGAAAGAGAACGCGGAGCCGCAGAAGGCGGCUGCCGAGAAGGCGAUCGCCGAUAAGGCGGCGGCUGCCAAGGCCAAGGAAAACGCGGAGAAGGCGUCGCGCGAGGCCGCCGAGGCCAAGGCGGUCGCGAAGAGCGUCGCCAAGAAGCCCGUCUCCCGCUCCACGAAGAUGGUCGGCCAGCUCGUGCUGCUGGUUGGCCUCGCCGUCGCCGCGUUCGGCCUCGGCCUGGGCGACCUCCUCAGCGCGCCACCGCCGCCACCCGCGGCCAAGGCUGACUUCGAGCCGCUCACCGCGGCGACCGGCCUGGUCAAGCGCGUGGGCACCGACCGCAAGAUUCAGACGAUGAUCGCCGCCACCGCCGCCACCGCGCUGCUGCGCCCCGCCGUGUCGGCCGUCGCCGCCGUGCCCGCCGUUGGCGGUGCCGUGGGCGGCGCGGCGGGCGCCGCGGCGGCCAACCUGGCAGCUCCUCUCUUCGUGGGCGCCGCGACGGCGGUGAAGGUGAGGGCCGUGGCCGUCGCUGCGGGCGCCGCGGGCGCCGCGGCGACCUUUGGCGCCAGCACGGCGGCGACCUUUGGCGCCAAGUGGCUUGCGGGCGGCGCGGCAGAGCGCGCAGCGGCGGCGGCGGCGGCCAAGGCCGCGACGGGCGCGGCGACGGGCGGCGCGAUUGGCGGCGUGGCGGGCUACGUCGCGCUCCUUAUGUCCAAGCCUGCGCUGGCGGUGGGCGCCGCGGCGGCCAACCUGGCAGCUCCGCUCUUCGCGGGCGCCGCGACGGCGGUGAAGGCGGCGGCGGCCACCAAGACGGCCGCCGGCGCGGCGGCGGGCGUCGUCGGCACGGGCGCCGCCGUGGGCGCGCAGCAGCUCGCGGCCGGCGCGCUCGGCCUGUUCGCGAGCGCCGCGACGGCGGUGAAGGCGGUGGCGGCCACCAAGACUGCCGCCGGCGCGGCGGCGGGCGUCGUCGGCACGGGCGCGGCCGCGGGCGCGCAGCAGCUCGCGGCCGGCGCGCUCGGCCGCGGCGCGGCGGCGCAGGCGGCAAAGGUGGCGGCGGGCGCGGCGGUGGCCGGCGCGGCCCUCACCGCCCCGCCCGUGGCCGUCGCUGCGGGCGCCGUUGGCGCCGCGAGCGCGGUGGCGGGUCGCACGGCGGCGACCUUUGGCGCCAAGUGGCUCGCGGGGGGCGCGGCAGAGCGCGCAGCGGCGGCGGCGGCGGCCAAGGUGGCGGCGAAGGCCGCGACGGGCGGCGCGAUCGGCGGCGCGGUGGGCUACGUCGCGCUCCUUCUGUCCAAGCCCGUCGCGUGGGUGGCAGGACUCUUCUAG